AUGGGCUUUAAAAGAUGUGUGACUGAGCCCUGUGUCUAUACAAGACAUCAUGAUUCAAAAUUUAAUAUAAUUGCCGUCUAUGUCGAUGACCUGCUCAUUGCGAGCUCAGAUAAGUUAGAGCUGCAGUCAAUAAAACAAGAAAUCGCAAGUCAUUUACAAGUUGUAGACAAAGGUCCAGUUCAACUUUUCCUGAGUAUGGAAGUUGAAAGGGAGGGCGAGACAGGUCCAAUAACUAUAUGCCAAAAGGGUCAAAUCAAACAGCUUUUACAACAACAUAGUAUGAUAGAUUGUCGCAUAACAUCGACACCAUUAGAACCCAAGCAGCAACUCCAUUGUAGUAGCGAUGAAUGUAAACGAGUUGACCCACAAGAAUAUCAAUCGCUAAUCGGUUCGCUACUUUACUUGGCGUUAUGCACACGGCCUGACAUUAUGCACUCC